AUAAACGGUCUGCGGGUUAUUCAACAGAACUUAUCAACACUCCUUAGACGGCAUUUUUCUGCAAGUCUUAAAGCCAGCUCAAACGCCGCCGCCACAAUGACUGCCGAUACCACUGCCAAUUUGAUAGGUUCUGAAACGAAGAUCUCUCCCCUCAAAUAUCCCCUGGCCCGUCGGGAUGAAAGUGUGGUCGAAACUCACCAUGGGGUUGAGGUUAAAGAUGUCUAUCGUUGGCUAGAGGAUCCCGAUUCGGAGGAGACACAAAAAUACGUGGAGGAACAAAACAAAAUAAGUCAACCCUUCCUGGAGGGCUGUGAGUCGUGGAAGAAAAUCAACGAGAAGUUGACCAAGUUGUGGAACUAUGAAAAAUACGGUUGUCCCAUGAAACAUGGCAAAUAUUAUUAUUUCUAUAAGAAUUCGGGUCUGCAGAAUCAGAGUGUGAUGUAUCAACAGGAUAGCUUGGAUGGGGAGCCACGCUUGUUUUUCGAUCCCAAUGCCUUGUCCAGUGAUGGUACCAUUGCCCUGGCCCAAAAAUCAUUUUCCGAAGAUGGCCGUUACAUGGCCUAUGGCCUGAGUGCUAGUGGCUCGGAUUGGAUAAAGAUUUACAUACGUGAUGUAGAGACGGGUAAAGAUCUCGAGGAAGUAUUGGAAAAAGUGAAAUUUUCGGAAAUUUCAUGGACCAAAGAUAACAAGGGUUUCUUCUAUGGCCGCUAUCCCGAUCAAGAGGGUAAAACUGAUGGCUCUGAGACAAAAUCCAAUGAAAAUCAAAAAUUAUAUUACCACUAUGUGGGUCAGCCGCAGGAGAAGGAUGUCCUCAUUACCGAAUUCCCCGAGGAACCCACCUGGCGUAUUCAAUCGGUGGUCUCCGAUUGUGGCAAAUAUUUGAUUAUGGCCAUUGUCAAGGAUUGUCGUGACAACAUUGUCUACUAUGCCGAUUUGGAACCCGGGGCAGAGCUCAAUAAAAAAUUGGAGGUUAAAAAAAUUGUGGAAAAAUUCGAAUCGGAUUAUGAUUACAUUACCAAUACCGGAUCGAAAAUGUAUUUCCGCACGAAUAAGGAUGCCUCCAAUUAUCGUGUCAUUAUGAUUGAUUUUGAAAAUCCAGCCCAAGAGAAUUGGCAAACCCUCAUCGCGGAACAUCCCACCGAUGUUUUGGAUUGGGUCCAUUGUGUCAACGAGGAUAAAUUGGUAUUGGGUUAUAUACAAGAUGUCAAGAGCGCGCUGCAGGUGAAUAGCCUGCAAACUGGAGAAUUGAUCCAUAAAUUUGAAUUGGACAUUGGUACCAUUGUGGCCUUGUCGGGUAAAAAGAAGGAAUCGGAGUUGUUUUAUAACUUUUCCUCUUUCCUGACACCGGGAACCAUUUAUCAUUAUGAUUUCAAGUGGGAUAAUUUUACCCCGAAAGUUUUGAGAGAAAUCAAAUUGAAUUUGGAGGGCUUUUCCCCAGCCAACUACAAGGUGGAACAGGUGUUCUAUGAAAGCAAGGACAAAACAAAGAUACCCAUGUUUAUUGUGUACAAAAAUUCAGGGGCGGAGAAGAGAACACCACGUCCCUGCUUCCUCUAUGGUUAUGGAGGUUUCAACAUCAGCAUGCAGCCUUCGUUUGGUAUUACGGGUCUCAUGUUCAUUGACACCUUCGAUGGGGUCAUUGCCUACCCCAAUUUACGUGGUGGCGGUGAAUAUGGUGAAAAAUGGCACAACGCUGGACGCCUGCUGAACAAACAAAAUGUUUUCAAUGAUUUCCAGGCUGCCGCCGAAUAUCUCAUGGCCAAUAAUUAUACCACCAAAGAUCGUCUCGUAAUUCAGGGUGGUUCCAAUGGUGGCCUUUUGGUGGGGGCGUGUAUCAAUCAACGUCCUGAUCUCUUUGGUGCUGCUGUGGCCCAGGUGGGUGUCAUGGAUAUGUUACGUUUCCAUAAAUUCACCAUUGGUCAUGCUUGGUGUUCCGACUAUGGUAAUCCCGAUGAAAAGGAACAUUUUGAAAAUCUCCUGAAGUAUUCACCGCUGCAUAAUGUCCACACUCCCAAAUCGGAGAAGGAGGAAUAUCCCUCAACAUUGAUUCUAACUGCCGAUCAUGAUGAUCGUGUUAGCCCCUUGCAUUCGCUGAAAUUUGUUGCUGCCCUCCAGGAGGCUGUUCGCCAUUCGGAAUAUCAAAAGAAUCCCAUAUUGUUGAGGGUCUAUAGCAAGGCUGGCCAUGGAGCUGGUAAACCGACUUCGAAACGUAUCGAAGAAGCCACGGAUGUGUUGACCUUCAUGUUGAGAAGUCUUAACAUCGAUAAGGUUAAUUUGUAA